GAUCUGUCUGUAUCCAACCUUUCCAACUCCAUCCUCUGUCCUUCCAUUUUCUAGGCAGGAUAGGCCCUUUCAGUGACUGCAGGCUGUUGUCCAGGCUGUUUUCUCAGCGUGGAAUGUCCUUCCAUGGCCUCCUUACUUGCUGAACUAUGUGCUCCUCCAGGCGGACACCAUGUCGCCUUCAUCUCUGUACCCCCAGCAUCUAGCAGUGUUGGCAUUUGGUAGGCACUCAAGAAAUGUGUGUUGAAUGAACGAUGCCUGUGACAAGCAACUGGACUUUAUUCUUUCCUGACCCUUGCUCCUAUGACACAUCUCCUUUUGGCUGCCACUGUCACCCCUUCAGAGCAGAACUUGUCUAGGGAAGCCGGAAGGGAAACAGCUAUGGCCAAGGACAUCCUGGGUGAAGCAGGGCUGCACUUCGAUGAGCUGAACAAGCUGCGGGUGUUGGACCCAGAGGUUACCCAGCAGACCAUAGAGCUCAAGGAAGAGUGCAAGGACUUUGUGGACAAAAUUGGCCAGUUUCAGAAAAUAGUUGGUGGUUUAAUUGAGCUUGUUGACCAACUUGCAAAAGAAGCAGAAAAUGAGAAGAUGAAGGCCAUUGGUGCUCGGAACUUGCUCAAAUCUAUAGCAAAGCAGAGAGAGGCCCAACAGCAGCAACUCCAAGCCCUAAUAGCAGAAAAGAAAAUGCAGCUUGAAAGGUAUCGGGUUGAAUAUGAAGCUUUGUGUAAAGUAGAAGCAGAACAAAAUGAAUUUAUUGACCAAUUUAUUUUUCAGAAAUGAACUGAAAAUUUCAUUUUUUAGCAGAAGGGCACCCCCACCCCAAAAACACAAAACAAAACUCAAAAAACCUCUGAACCAUCCCAUUGACUUGUCUGUUGACCCAAGUGUGUCACUUGAGAUGGUAUGUAAGGAAUGCAGCACCUCUGAGGGCACUAAAACAUCUUGGGGAGCUUGUUUCAGAAAUGAGUGCCUGUCUGCUGGCGAACACCCAGCGAUCACCAAGGUCCAGGUUCUCACCUCUUACGGUCUUAGCCUGAACUGAGCAGUCUAUGAACUUUGAUCCUUUUUCUUAUGUAAAUUCACAAAGCUUUGAAAGGAAAAGCAAUAAAUUAUUGUUUUUAAGUGUC